AUGGGACGGAUCUCGGCCGGGUCAUGGUCCCCAGGGGCGGAUCUCGGCCGGGUCACGGGCCCCAGGGGCGAGUCUCGGCCGGGUCACGGGCCCCAAGAGCGGAUCUCGGCCGGGUCACGGGCCCCAGGGCGGACGGGGGGCCCCAGGGGCGAGUCUCGGCCGGGUCACGGUCCCCAGGGGCGAGUCUCGGCCGGGGUCACGGGGGCGAGUCUCGGCCGGGUCACGGGUCCACGGGUCCAUGGGACGGAUCUCGGCCGGGGUCACGGGCCCCAAGGGCGGAUCUCCCCAGGGGCGAGUCUCGGCCGGGGUCACGGGUCCAUGGGACGGAUCGGCCGGGUCACGGGCCCCAAGAGCGGAUCUCGGCCGGGUCGGGGGGUCAACCCCAGGGGCGAGGGGGUCUCGGCCGGUCACGGUCCCCAGGGCGAGUCACGGUCCCAGGGGCGAGUCUCGGUCGGGGUCACGGGUCCAUGGGACGGAUCUCGGCCGGGUCACGGGCCCCAAGGGCGGAUCUCGGCCGGGCCACGGUCCCCAGGGGCGAGUCUCGGCCGGGGUCACGGGUCCAUGGGACGGAUCUCGGCCGGGUCACGGGCCCCAAGAGCGGAUCUCAGCCGCAGUCACGGGCUCCAGGGGUGGGUUUCGGCAGGAAUCACGGGCCCCAGGGGCGGGUCUCAGCCGCAGUCACGGGCCCCAGGGGCGGGUCUGAGCGAGGGCGCGGGAGGCGGCGCGAAGGAGGCGGGUAUUGAGCGCUGA